AUGUCCGACUCAUUCACUCUCCCCCUUCGUCCCAUCCUGGAGAAGCAGGACCACCCUGACACCCUACCUGUCGAAAUCUCUCAAAUUAACAGCCACUGGGGUUCAUUUCGAGAUGUCAACGAAGAGAUCCUCCGAACCAAGAUUGCCGAAGAGAAGGAUCGCGAUAAUACACAGGAUUCAGAAGACGGCGAUCAAGGGGAUGGCGAUGUCGACACCACAGAGCGCCUCGAACAACUUUACAAGAAGCGCGCCGAUAUCACUCAGUUCGCAGUAGCAUCUCACAUGGAAGCCAUGUUCGCCCUCGAUUUCAUCUCCCUCCUCCUAUCGAAAAAUGCCCCGCGCCAAGCCGAAACCUCCAUGUCGCCGUACUUGAAACAGAUCGCGCCCCUCGGUUCUUUGAAUGCGGAUGUAGUCAACCCCCCUCCAAAAUCCGAAUCAGUAAAGAGAGAUAUCUCUUCUGUUUCCAGGGGUUGGAGAAUUCAGAACUUCAACUCGGCAUCCAGCAAGCUGUUGAAGGCGGCUGCACGACUGGAGACGGAAGUCGCAUCGGAAACUCGGUACUGGAAUGAAGUAUUGGCGGUUAAGGACAAAGGUUGGAAGGUCUGCAGGUUGCCACGCGAGAGGCAGGCACUCGGGGUACAGUAUGGCUUCAUUGAAGCUACACCGGUGUUUCGCGACCGUGGCCUUGCUUCCUUACGUCGAUCUGAGGAUGGAAGCUUGGUCCUCGACAAAGGACUGAUUCCUUCCGGAGCUCGCUUUGUGCGGGUGCGUGUGAAGCAAGGCUCUCACAUCUCCAGCAGCACAAGACCAUGCCCUUCUACUUCCAAUGAUGCCGACUCCAUUGAGCAUCGCAUCCUCCAGGCGCGGGACUCCGUCUUUGAGGAAGAAUUGUUCCACGAAUUGGUUCGAGAAGCCCGAUCUAUGGCAAGCUCCGGUGUGACGACUCGUCAGAAUCUCAUUCAAGUCCCCGCUUCUGAGGAUCUCGAAAUCCUAUUGGAUUUGGUGGAUGCCGAUGAUGAGACUCUUGAUGCAGACGAGGAUCCUACGGCGACCGAUAAAAUUUUUGCGGACGGCUUAGCACAUUCGAUGCGCAUCCUGCUCGCCUUUGCUCAUCGCCAAAAUCUGCGCCGUCGCACGCAAAUGCCGCCGCCAUUGACUUCAAAAAAGCGGACUACACCGGAAUACCACCUGCUUCGUCCCGCCCUAGCUUAUUUCCAGCAUCUAGCGCAACUCCGCCAACUAGAGUCAUUCGUUCGCGAUAUCUAUGGUGUCCUAAGAUCUUCUGGUUUGGACAUCCCUGAUUUGACUACCAAAACAUUUACAAACGGGCCGCCGCCCCCUUCAUCAUCCUCGGCAACCCCACUUGAGGCCCUCGUUCAAAAGAUCCUCAUGCCAAUUGAGUCAGUGCUUCGAGGUAACCUCUCUACGCCUGAUACUUUCUUCAGUGUCAAAAUUCGAACAAACCUAUCUGCGCCACCAUUUAGCACACAUUACGAUGUGAGCCUCAACUUCCCUACUUUCUCCGACGUCAAGUCUCCAGGUCACCUUGCAUUGAGGGCUGAGGUCGAGGCUGCCGUCACCCACAUCUUACUGUUAGAUGUGGUCUCCAGUAUCUCGUCCCAUGAGCGAUCGUUGCCAAAGAACAAUUUCGACGAUACUUCCAAGACAUGGGACGCAAUUUAUCCUCAUCUAGGUGAAUUGCUAUUAUCUGGAAGUAGCCCUGAGACUCACAAGAAGAUGAAGGUGGUCCUCUCCCGCCAUGAGCUUUCUCUCUCCACUUAUCUUGUGCGCAGUAUUGAUGGCGUUGGGCGUGGUAUCCACGAACUGCAGUCUCACCGUACUGAGACCCGUACCUGGAAUCCAUCCUCUUCCAUCGGCAGUCCUAACAAACGCCCCUCGAUGCUGGAAUUUGCCAAUGCCGAACGCAAGCACUGA